AUUUCCAAAAGAGAAAAUGUACUUCUUACUCAACUUUUCACUUCUUUAAAUAAAAGUGGUCAAGGUGUUGCUUUAACUAAACAAGUCACUACUUCUUCUCUUACUCAAGGCUCUGCUAUUCAAAUUAUUAUUGACUAUUUAAAAGGUGCUAAUUUAACUACCAUCUUAGAAGCUGCUGAUAACUCGGGUUUGGCUCUCGAUAUUGUUUUGUUAACCUUGACUGAUUAUGAUGUUUUACCAGGUAUUGUGAAAGUCAUUGAAGGUGUUUUUGAAAAUUCUAAUUCAACUUCUUCUUCAGGUGGUCUUGUUAGUUCUAUAAUUGGUGGAAUCCUUGAUACUUUGGGCUUAGAAAUCACCAGUGUUGCUGGCACUGACGAAACCGUUAAUGAUGUUUGUACUUCUUUAGAAAAAUCUGGGUUGGGUGUUUCCGUUGUUAAACAACUUUUCACCGAUGAAGAUGAAUACGAUUUUGAUAUCAAACUUGUCAGUGAUAUUAUCGACGAAAAAGUCAUCACUCUUGACGAUUUGUUAACAGCCCUCAAGCAAUCACACUUAAUCGCUCAUAUAAUAAGUGAUAUUCUUGGGAAUUUUUCCUACAUUAAAUUGGUAAUAAGCUUCGUUAUU